UAGAUUGUUUAGAGAAUUCAAGUGGAUUACCAAGCACGGAGGAUUAUCUCAAAGGGAUCAUAGAAAGGCCUGCCAACUUGACUUUGCUUAUCGCCUGCACAUUGGUGACGAUACUACUUGUAGCUUGCCUCAUUGAGUCAGCAUGCUUCUUAGACAGGAAUGUACGCCCUUCAACCGUCUCCAACCAUCGCGUCACAACAUGGUGGAUGAUUGCUGUAUUACCAGUGAUGAGUUGUGUGGUGUUACCAGGAGUCUACUCGCCUGUAUCCGCCGCAUUUUGUAAUUUGGUAGCAUCGCUAUGUUAUUCCUUCACCAUGUUUAAGUUCCUGGUCAUUGUAAUGAACUACUAUGGAGGUUAUGAGAAAAUGAUGUAUCAUUUUUCAGCCGAGCAUUUCACCUUUCCUCUGGCAAGCACACCGCUAACAUGCUGCUGCCCUUGUUUACCAGAGAAGAGACUAACAAGGCACAGUUUUAAAUGGUUGAAGAUCGCCGUCUUACAAGUGGCCAUAGUCAAACCUGUCACAACAUUCAUUGGAGUGCUAUUUUGGUUAGAUGCUGUAUACUUGACUGAUCAGGUAGAAGCAGAUAGGCCCUUCCUGAUUGUGAAUAUUACGACCAUCUUUUCUUCAGUGAUAGCGAUGAUGGCUCUGAACAUGAUUUAUGUAGCUUCUACCAGGUUUCUUGAACCUUUCUAUGUUCGGACUAAGUUUACCUUUAUCAAGCUUGGUAUUGUGAUCUGUAACAUCCAACCAGCACUACUCAGUCUAUUCAUGAGAUUCCGAUUCCUAGGCUGUCGUUUUCCUUUCUCUAACCAUGCAAGAUCCAACUUCAUACAGUGUAUUGUAUUCAUCUUGGAAGCCGGAAUCCUGUUUCCUUUUAUCAGGUACUACUAUCGACGAAGCGAAGGUAACGUGGUGGGGAAUGUAUCCAUGAUACCAACCGAACUCUUCGGUUCCAUCCAGCCUCCUAGUAUUACAUAUCGACUACCUGAUCGUAGACAUUACAUGCCACGCCCGUCGAUCACGAGCAUUGAGAACGGUCGUGUACGUGCUCAUACCGUCAUUGGUUCGGGGGAUGUAAACACUGAUUUCUACCCGGCUGAGGACUUAGCUACUAUUGCUGAGGAGUGCGAGGAGGAGGAGAAGACUAAGGUCGUAGAACCUUCGACAGACUUCACGAAACAAUUUAUGACUAGUAACAGACAGGGGCGGCGUCAUAGUAUCGGCUAA